AUGCGAAUUGUUGAAAAGCAUGAUCCAUAUAAACAAAUGAACGAAUCAAUGAAAUUAAUGGCGAAAAAAUCUCAACAAAGACUGCGCGCGGUUAAGAGUGCAAAACCUCGCUUUAUCCACUCGAGGUUUAAUAUGGAUGCAUUGAAAAAAUCACCCUUAAUGUGUUUUCCGCACUUUGACGAAAUGACUACAUAUCUCGAUCAGUGGUUUACUAAUAGAAAUCAAAUGGAAGCAUCGAUUUUAACCUCAAAUCAAAGAGGAACAUUUAUUGCAUUAUCAAAAUUUUGCGAUUCACUUUUUCUACUUCUUCAAGAAACAGCACGUGCAUCUCCUAUUUCUCCUGCACCAUUAUCUGGUAUAUAUAAGUGGUAUCUUCAAAGAGAUACUGUUAUAAAUCAAAGCAAAAACUUAAAUAUGCCAACACAAAACGAAAAUGUUACAAUUAUAGAAUUGCCAAAUGGCAAAAAGAUUGAGAUUAACAACAAUGAUCUCAACCCUAAAUAUAUCCUCAGUCGAGUUACUCUAACUCCUGAAAUGAUUUUGAAUGAGUUUGAUGCUGUGAAAAAAGAACCUCCUCUAGUUGAAAGAAAGGUAGAAAAGAAGAAAGUCACUAAAUCACCAACUAUCUUACUCAAUCCAGUUGUACCUCCUCUUAAGAAGCGGGAAGAUGAAUUCGAAGAAAAGAAAGAAGAGGAUAAGUUUGAUUACGCAAAACUUCAUAAAAGGCUAGUAGCUGAAAGGGAAGCAGAAGAGGAAGUCGAUAGAAUGGCUACUGCCUUGGCGCGAAAGACUCAUAUAGGAGUUCGUUCGUAUACAUUAAGGAAAUGA